AUGUCAGAAAACCAACCCGUGGCUGGUGCUCCUAAUCCAGGCGCUAGUAACUCGUUGCUGGAAGAUGCUUCAACUUUGCUAAUGUUUCAUAAUGCUGCUAUAACUAAUGAAUCACCCCCAUUACCAAAACAAACUUUACCACAAGAAUCAAAAGAAGCACCAUCUUUACCUAAAUCAUCAACUACUUCAUUGCUACCAAGUCAUACUGUGAAACCAACUCCCAUUGCUCCAAAUUCUUCAAGACCAUCUUCAACUCCAAAUCCAACAGCUAUACGAAGCCCGAGAAUAAAUAAUUUGGCUUCACCAGGUCCUGCAAUCGCAGCUUUAGCUGAUUCUGAUAAUGAAGGUGAACCUGAUAAAUCUCAAAAGGCAAUGGUUGCUGCUGCUGCAUUAGCUGCUGCUGCUGGUGUUCCAUUACCUCUAAUUAAUCAUAAUGAUCAAAAUAGUUUAAAUCAACAAAUUAUUGAAAAAUUAAAAGAAAAAGGUUCCAAAUCUUCGGAUGAAAUUUUAAAGAACGCUCAAAAACAAGUUAGUAAAGAACAAUUAGGUGCAUUACAAGAAAGAGCUGAAAUUAUUAGACAAGAAUUACAAAAUGAUAAUAAAGUUAAUGAUGAAAAAGCUACAACCCCAGAUCAAAUUCCACUAAAACAAGAUGAUGAAACUUCUGUUGAAAGUGAUAUUUCUAAACAUGAUGCAAAUGAAACAGAUGUUGAAUCCAAAGAUAAUGAUGAUACUACUAUAAUCAAAGAGCACACGUCCACUGAUGAUACACAAUAUAAUAAUGAAACAGAAGAAGAACAACCAUUACCAUCAAAAGAAGAAUCAAAACCUACUUCAAAACAACCAGAAUCAAGUACAGAACAUGAAGCUGAUAAUGAACCAAAACCUAAAAGACAAAGAAAACAAGCUAAAAAGAAACCACGUACUGAAAGUUUCAGUGUACCAAAAGAUCGAAUUGUUGAUCCAGAUUCUGGUUUAAUCACAUGUGUUUGUAGUUUUGAAGAUGAUGAUGGAUUUACAAUCCAAUGUGAUAAUUGUUAUAGAUGGCAACAUGCUGUUUGUAUGGGUAUAAGCUCUAUGGAUAAUGUACCAGAUGAUUAUUUAUGUAAUGUUUGUUCACCAAGAAAAAUUGAUGUUAAAAAGGCUAAAGCACUACAAACUCAAAGAUUAAAUUCAAUAAGAAGAAGAAAAGAAAGAAGAAGUCGUAAUUCUGAAGGUGAUGGUUCAAAUAAUAAUAAUAAUAAUAAUGUUGGUGGUAACGAUCCAAAAGAAGGUUCAGGUCAAGAUUCAAGUGAUGAUAAAUUGAAGAAUGAACAAUCAAAUCAAUCAAAUAAACCAACAAGACCAAAACCAAAACAAAAUGCAUAUGGUAAAAAUUUAGAAGAUGAUGACAUUCAAGUUUUAGAUGUUAAAGAUGCUUAUCAAACCAUUUAUUUUGCAUUAAAUGAUUAUGAUUAUCAAGAUGAAUCGAUUUAUAAUUUUACAGAUAAUUUGAAAAAAUUAGAUAAUCCAUUAUUUUAUCAAAUUUCUCAAAAAGAAUAUGAAUCAACAAAUUUCCCUCAAUUGAAUAUUAAACCAUAUUCAGAAAUCAAUAAUAAAAAAUUUAAUGGUCUUUCAAGAUUAGGACUUUUCACAGAAUCAACUAUUUCAAUUGGUGAUUUAAUUGGUGAAUAUCUUGGUGAAAUUGGUAAUAAAGAUAAAUACAUUACAGAUUCUCGUAAUCAUUAUAGAAUAUGGGGUGUUGAAAAACCACAAGUUCAAUUUAUACCUGGAUUUCCAUUAGUUAUUGAUGCAAGAAAUUCUGGUAAUUUAACAAGAUUUAUAAGAAGAAGUUGUAAUGCAAAUUGUGAAUUACAAACUGUUAUUAUUUCAAAGGAAAAAGUUAAAUUUGUUUUAAGAGCAAUUAAAUUAAUUAAGCCUGGUGCUGAAUUAACAUUAAAUUGGAAUUGGGAUGUUAAUCAUCCAAUUAAAUCCAUUGAAGAAGGUAGACCAUUUGAUCAAACAAGUGAUGCAGUGAAACCUUCAUUAGUCCUUUCAGUGGAAUCUAUAUUAUCAUUCACAGAAUGUGGUUGUACUCAAGUAAAUGAAUGUUCAUUAUCAAAGGUUAAAAAGGCAAGUGCACAUAUUUAUAGAGCAACACGUAAGGGGAAUAAUACAAGUGGAUUAAAAUUAUUACAAAAAGAAGCUCAAUAUUCAUCAAUUCAAAGUCGUUUAAUAGCAAGAGAAACUUCAAAUAUGAGAGAUUCAUAUGCUCAAGUUAAGUCUUCCAUACCAACAGGAUCAAAUAGACAAUCUGAUCCAACAGAAGAAGAAGAUAUAGGAAUAAGACCAUACAUUUAUAAAUAUUUCAGUAAAAAGAGAAGGCUUGGAGAUCCUUCAAACCCUCAAACACAACCUCAACUUCCACCUCAAACACAACAAGAAAAACAACAAUUCCAAUAUUUACCUAUCCCAAUUGAACUAAUAACUCAAGACGUGAAACCUAAUGUCAAUAAUAUUAUAUCGCCAACAACAAUUAAUAAAGAACCCCCACAGCCGAAGAAGAAAUUAAGUUUUGCAGAUUAUGUUAAAAAGAAGAAACCAACUUGA